AUGGCCCUUCCAGAUAACUUGGCAAUCCCACCGGGAUCCCGCAUUUUGGUGACGGGUGCCAACGGUCUCGUCGGCUCCCACGUCGCCAACCAGUUCCUCCAGUUCGGCUUCAACGUCCGGGGCACAGUCCGUGACGUGGCCAAGUGUGACUGGCUCCGCCUUCUGUUUGAAACCAAGUACGGCAUGGACCGCUUCGAGUUGCUCGCCGUCCCCGACAUUGCUUGCCAGGGGGCACUAGACGAGGCCGUCAAGGGUGUCUCGGCUGUUAUACACGUCGCAUCUAUCCUCAGUUUCAGCCCCGACCCCGAGCAGGUGAUUCCAGGGGCGGUCGCUGGCGCUCUCAAUGCGCUCAAAGCAGCAUACAAGGAAACCAGCGUCAAGCGCUUCAUCCUUACUUCUUCCAAGGAUGCAGCGGCUCCUCAUCAGUCAGUCGAGGAGUCUCCAGUUGUCACCAAUGAGAGUUGGAAUGAUGGCGUCGUCAUGGCGGCCUGGGCACCCCCUCCGUAUACCCCCGAGCGCAGCGGCGCUGUCUACUCUGCGAGCAAGGUUGAGCAGGAGAAGGCGGUCUGGAAGUUUCACGAGGAGAACAAGGGCAAGCGACCGGACUUGGCUGUCAACACAGUGCUGCCAAGCUUCAACCUGGGAAGAAGUCUCGACCCCGUUAACCAGGGACAUGCCUCUUCCACGGAAACCAUCGCCAUCUUGUGGAAAGGGGAGAGAGUUCCGGAGUGGCUCUGGGCGCCCAUGCCCUUUGUCGACGUCGAGGACACGGCCCGCCUUCACGUUGCUGCAGCCGUUUGUCAAGACGUGCAGAGCGAGCGCGUCUUCGGCAUUGUGGAUUCGUUCAACUGGGACCAGGUGCUGGAUAUUCUCCGCAAGCAGAACCCCGACCGCAAGUUCCACGACAAUUUUGCCAGCGGGAAGCGUGUCGUUACCGUGGCGUCCAAAGACCGUGCCGAGGAACUGCUGAGGCGGCUGGGCCGACCUGGAUGGACGUCGUUGGAAGAUAGCGUUGCAAUGAAUACGGAGGAUCUUCGAUCAGCGCUGUCAAGCUAA